UGCUGAAAUCACAAAGGCUUCCUCAAUUCAAAGAUGGUGCAGGUUACUCCCGUCAUCCGCCCGAAGAUCGUCAAGAAGAAGGUGACGAAGUUCAAACGUCACCAGUCCAACCGCUUCAAGCGCGUUCCGGAGUCAUGGCGUCGCCCGAAGGGUAUUGACGGCCGUGUGCGCCGCAAAUUCAAGGGCGCCAUUAAGAUGCCCAACGUCGGCUACGGCUCCAACAAGAAGACCCGCCACCUGCUGCCCAACGGCUUCCUUAAGUUCGUGGUCAACAACGUGGCCGAGCUCGAGGUGCUGCUCAUGCACAACCGCAAGUACUGCGCCGAGAUCGCCCACAACGUGUCGGGCCGCAAGCGCCGCGAGAUCAUCGAGCGCGCCGAGCAGCUCAACGUGCGCGUGACCAACCCUAACGCCCGCGUGCGUGCUGAGGAGAACGAGUAAGCGUUCUGCUCGACGAGCGACCGACUACAGGAGUGACGACUCGACGCACGAGAGACGCCCGCGCGUCUUGGUGUUGAGGCGGAGCUUUACGACGAGGACAGGAGCCAACUGUGAGAAAGCAAGGAAGCAGCUCCAGCUCCAGGCGAUAAUCGAUAAUGCACCGUUUGGCGCCCCGCUGGAUUUGUGGACUAGCUCAAGUGUAGUGUCUUUU